GUGGAAGUAAGGUGGUGCGGGGGGGCGACAGAGACGGGCAUUAGAAGGCGAACGGUGAACGACGCUCUGGGUGUAAAUCCCACCGAGGAGGACGGCAGAGUUAAGAGUCGUGCAUUAUGUAACGCGCUGACAGGCGGGCAGGGGAGAAGGAGAAAGGGGAGCACGUUUGUUCGCUCGUCGUCCGCCUCUGCUGAUGCUCUCUCGGCGCUGGGCCGACGGAUGUUCACCAUUAUGCACCGUGACUCUGUUUGUGUCUGUGCGAUGGCCAGAAAGUGAUGUUAGAGCUCCUGGCUCUGGGUCUGCUGGCUGAACUGAAGCACGUGUAAGAGCCCACUAGCUGGUGGUACCACCCUGGCUCCAAUGGCCCACAAAGAGGUUUGUGGCGCUGAGUGAGAGGCCAGGUUCGGGCUUCUCACCAUGGGCAGCGUAGGCAGCGGGGUGGCUGGUGAGCAGGAGUUUGCCAUGAAAAGCGUGGGCACACGAACCACCCUCCCCCGCGGCCCGCCGCUGUCACGCCGAGGCCCCUCAGAGCGCAGCUUCAGCGCCGAACGUCUGCCCCCACCGCCCUCUACCUCUGAGGGCACAGGCUCCAGCGAUGAGAGAGGGGGCAGCAGCAUCGCCACGGACCGUCCCCAGCUCACCGGCUGCGAGUCCACUACCACAUCCUCCAACCUGGAGAGGGUGCCCUCUGUCAGUGAGCGGCUGGAGACCAGUGGGGGGGUAGGCCGCAGGGAAGGUCCCAGGGCUGCGGGAGAUGUGGGCAUGGACACCUGCGGGAACAUGGUGGGGCAUGCUGGAGAGAAGAGCAGUGACGGCAUGGCCACCAUGAAGAUGAGAGAUGGGAAUGCUGCAAAGACAGAUGGCCGCACGCCACCCAAGAUUCUGCCCAUGUCUGGGAAACUUGAACAGAACAAUUCUGGAUUGGUGCGGCCGUCUGCCUUCAAACCCGUAGUGCCAAAGAGCUUCCACUCCAUGCAGAACCUGGUUGGACAUGCUGGAGGUGGAGGUGGGGCUGGGGGCCGGUCUGCUGGAGGUGCUGGAGCCUCAGACGCCCCCCAGUCGCUCACAGAGCAGGAGAGUCCAGAAAGGGAGCGGGCAGGAGGGAACGGAGGGCAAAGUGGGAUGUCCGACUCAGGGAGGAACUCACUCACCUCCCUGCCCACCUACACAGGCCCUGGCUCGGCUUAUGGUCCUCCCACAGCCCUGGGUCCCCUUAGUGCCUCCACCAGCCAUAUUAACAGACUGGGCACCGCAGCUGCCCCGCUGGACAAACUGGACAAGCCCAAUUACCAGAACGGUCUGACUGCUUCUGACAGUGGCCGCUCGUCCUCUGGGAAGAGUUCUUUGUCCUAUCAGAGACUCUGUCACCUAGGAGACACACCUGCUGCCGUUCGCCCCUCCCCUUCCUCAGAUGACAUAAUACAGGACUUGGAGGAUCGACUGUGGGAGAAAGAGCAAGAGGUCCUCCACAUGCGCCGUAACCUAGACCAGAGCGAGGCGGCUAUUGUGCAGGUAUUUGAGGAGAAGCAGCGGGUGUGGGAGCGUGAGAUGGAGGAUCUGAGGCAGAACUACGCUGGGCGACUGCAGCAGGUGACCCGGCGGGCGCAGCGCUCCCAGCAAGCCCUGCAGGCCCAGAUCAUCCGGUUGCAGCAGGACAAGAGCCGACUCCAGGAGGAGAUCAGCGCCCUGCUGGCCCAGCGAGAGGAGCUGGAGAGAAAGUGCCUGGACUACCGCAAGGAGCAGGCUGACAUUCUACCCCGCCUGGAGGAAACUAAGUGGGAGGUUUGUCAGAAGGUGGGAGAGAUCUCGCUGCUGAAGCAGCAGCUAAGGGACAGUCAGAAUGAGGUGACCCAGCGAGCAGGGGAGAUGGUGGCCCUGAGGGGCCAACUCAAAGAGCUCAACGCCCAACUGAAGGAGAGGGAGGAGGCCAUGCUUGGCCUGAAGGACUCCUACAACAGCAAGAGCCGUGAGCUGGAGAGGUGUGAGGGAGAGCUCAAAAAGACACUGGCAGAGGUGUCGAUACUACGGGACAAGCUGGUUGUGUUUGAGGCUGAGGUCCUGGGACUGAAGCGAGCUCUGGGUGAGCUAAGCUACACCAGUGACCAUUCUGUAGCCAGUAUUGGCAGCAGCCUCAGUGGCAGUAGCAGCCUGCCCUGGGGUGGCCUUCACUCACCCCGUACCCCCGAGGGCCUGACAUCGCUUUCCCCCCUUAGCCCUGUAGUGGACACCCUUUUGAGCCUGCAGAGUGACGAAGCCAAGGCACAGCGACAGGAGGCUGGUGAGCUGCGGCAGCAGCUAGAGAGGCUGCAGGGCGAGUUGCGGCUGGAGCGGCAGCAACGCGAGCGCCAGGCUCUCACCUUCGCCCAGGAGCGCCACACCUGGCAGGACGAGAAGGAGCGCGUGCUGAAAUACCAGGCGCAGCUGCAGCUCAGCUAUGUGGAGACGCUACAGAGGAACCAGGCUUUGGAGGAGCGUGUGGGCCAACUUGGGGCCAAACUCACCAACACUCCCAAUUCUCCACCUCCGGCCAGCCUGCCAAUCUCUGUCCCCAUCACCGUUACCCUCACCCCGGCCGCGGAUGACUCCAAGUCGCCCUCUCUCAACCAGCUGACUCCACCAUGGCCUGGGCCCACUCGCCUAGAGAGAAUUGAGUCCACUGAGAUUUAGCGCCGCCGCUGCAACUUGAUACAAAGACAAUCGACUUUCAUUCAACAUACAUUGCUGAAAAUGGUUUGUUAAAAAGAGUAUCACUGAGGGGCCCUGAGAACUGAGAAGACUUGUUUAGGAAACAAAAGAACAUGCAGUUAUAAAUCAAUGUGCUGGAAAGAUGAAGGACUCACUCAAACAGAGUCAAAGUCUUAUGUCCUACAUACACACAUUCACACACAUACACUGACAUCCUCUAACUAUCUAACUCAAGGGACUGAGAUCAUUGAUGAAACAGAAGGAAAGAAAGAGCGAGCCUUUGAAAAAUAGCCAGUGGAGGUCUUUGUAUAGGAUUCUACAGUACUGUGCAAAAGUCAUAGACCACCUUUCAAAAAUUAAGUACAAGUUAUUAAAAACUAGAAAACCGAAACAUACAAGAGGGUUAAAUAUACUAGCUAAAUAUAUUUUUUGGGGUAUUUAGUGUGUCUGUUCUUUGCCUUUAGUAAGUUUCCAUUCUUUUGGGAGACUUGCUUGUCAGUUUUCCAAACAAACAGGAUAAAAGGAUAUUUUUCUACACUUCCAAAGUUCAGUCUUAGAAGUUCACUGUAUUUUCUGCUUCUCAUGAUCCAAUUAAUCCCAAAUACACUCAGUGAUGUUGAGGUCUGGACUCUUGACAGCUACACAUUCUUUCAGACCCAUAGCAUUGAGUGGUCUUCUCAUAGUGGAAGGAUGGACAGAUGUGGAUGUUUUUAAUUCUAAGCAAGAGUAGAGCUUGAUUUUCUCCUAUCUCAAGAUCAAACAUGAAAGCUUUAAGUGCUGUUUAUCUGAUGGUGACAGUUUUGGUGGUCUACCAGGCGUUGCACGGUCGUUAAAAUCCCAUUUUUUUGUGUAUCUUUUAAUAAUCAUUUGAAUUCCAGUUGUGCGGACUCCUGUUUUUCACUUAUUUUCCUUUGGCCUUUCUUUUAUACAGUAAAGAUUAUCUUUAUACAGUAAAGAUAAUCUCCUCAGAAACAUCUGAAAUGGCCAUAUUGACUGGAAAUUCAGUAGUUGGCAGGUGGCUUCUUGUAGACUUUGCACAGUACUGUAUAUUUAAGAUAGAGAAGAUUCUUUUUAUGGUAUCCGUAAUCAGCUUAGAGCGUUCCAAUUUGGGAAGAGGCACAGGCGUGUUUCAAUGAUGUAUCAGGGAUUCUGGGGAACGUGGUUCUCCAUCACUGCACAGAAACUUGCAGUGAAUAAAAAUUGAUCACAAGGGGUCAUCAAAGAGUCUUUAGAGGGAUCCCACCUGCAAGCAAAAGUACUUGAAAAAAAAAAGGUUUUCCUUUUGGUUUUGUUUUGGUUUGGGAAACAGAGACAUGGAAAAAAAAUAAUAAAACGGAUCUAAACUUGCUUUAAUUUACUCUGUAACUUGAUUUUCUGAUUUAGGCCAGGAUAAAGAGAGGUGAACAUGGUCAGACAAAGAGAGCCAAAAGAGAAAAAGUCCAGGUGCUGGACGUCGCUCUCUCUUAGAAAGGACAAAGACAGACUUGCUGCUAUGUACUCGUGUGUUGUUCUGCUGUGUUAUGGGAAGACUGGCUAUGGAUUUGGGUGUUGAUCACUAUUUAUGUAAACAUGUUAAUAUACCAAGACACUCCAUGUGAAUAUUUUGAAAAGAUGCAUCGUUUCAAUUAUUGUAAACCAAUGAAGCAGACGACUCCACGUUGCUUUACUUUAUCAAACAUGGUACAUAUAGGCCUACCAUUCUCUCUCUUAUGCGAUACAAUGCAACAACCAUAUCCAAAUCCACAUUCCUUUUGAUGUUGUUGUAAUUCUGGUAUUGUUUUAGAGCGCAAACGCUAACUAUGUUUUUAUACUCAUUUUUAUUAUUGUUUGUAUUUAUGUUAGUGUAACGGCUUGAUGAAAAGCGUACCCAAGCAAAAAUCCGAAAUAAAGACACGAUCCAAUCAAUUCUA